CUCUUCUAAAGUUGCGAGGUCCGUCAUGGCGGGCCGGUCUGUACCGUUGGACAUUUGUAAAAGUUGGGAAAGGACGGGGAAAUCGGACUUUGUCAAACUAUGUCGCUCAGCGGCAUCAUGCAUGCAGACGUCGAGGCUGCCUUUCGACAAAGGUGGAAAAGAGAUGCAGCUUCUGUUACACGACCUCUGCUGGCACGUGCUGGAGGAUCGCCUGAAAGUCGAGCAAGCUGUGUCGGCACUGGCCGAAGUGACUGCCUUGCAUCAGGAGCUGCCCUCGAUGCUGGCCGACGUCAUCUUUCUGCUGGACAUGGAGACGCUGUCGGUGGAGAACCGUGACCAGAGGGACCGUUUCUACUGGCUCGUCGGCGGCUGUGCAAAGGUUGUUCCCGACUCGCUGCUGAAGGAGCGGCUGGACAUCGAGACCUUGGGAGACGGCGGGAUCGUGAAGAACAGCCGUGUCAUGCUCACCAAGUUUGUCAAGAUCAAGACACGACUGUUCUACAAGCAGAACAAGUACAACCUGUUCCGGGAAGAGAGCGAGGGCUACGCCAAGUUGACCACGGAGCUGAGCCAGGAGAUCACCAGCAAGAUCAGCCCCGAUUACAUGAUAGAAGUGAUGCGCUCGCUCAUUGGCUGCUUCAAUUUGGACCCCAACCGCGUGUUGGACGUGGUUCUGGAGGCGUUUGAGUGCCGACUCCAUCUGGAGGACUUCUUUGUCCCUCUGCUGACAAAGUUCCUUCGCAACCCUGCCACCAUAAGCCAGGUGCUGGGCUUCAAGUUCACCUUCUACCAGGGCGAAGCGGGGGAGCCCACUCCAGCGUCCCUGUACCGGCUGGCCGCCCUCCUGAUCAGGAACGAGCUGAUUGCCCUGGACGACCUCUACUCCCUGCUGCUGCCCGACGACGGGGCCCUGUCGAGGCAGCACAAGAAGGAGGUGGCGGCGGCUAAGACGUACGCCCGGAGAGCGACCGUGGUGGUGGUCUCGUCGGACAAGAAGGACGAGGAGAAGAAGGAGGAGGACAAGGACGACGACCUGACCUUGGAGGAGAACCAGAAGCUGGGCCUGUGCGAGGCCCUGCUGGAAGUGGGCGACUGGCCCAACGCCCAGAAGCUGAUGGCGCGCCUGCCCGAGCACUACGCCGUGUCGCAGCCCCACAUUGCCCGGCGCCUCUGCCUCCUGGUCCACACCCUGGUGGAGCCCUUGUACCGCAGGCACAGCGGGCUGCCGGAGGGCUUCCGGCGCUCGUACGCGUCGUCCCGUCGGGGGGGCCUGCGGCCGCCCGUCCUCGUGGAGACCUUCGGGGACUUCCAGGCGCGCGCCCUGCCCAUGCUCGUGGCCCUGGGCCCCAUGCUGCACCUGGACCCGGUGCUCAUCGUCAAGGUGGUGCGCCUGGCCAGAGCGCACCUGCACAAGGCCAGCUCCUCGGCGGGUGGAGACCUGCGGUUCGACUUGCUCACCCUGGUCGGGGAGAGCCUGCUGCCCUCCCUGUCCCUUCUCGACUGCAACUGCUGCGUGGCCGACGAGAUCUGGUCCCUGCUCAAGCUCUACCCCUACCAGCAGAGGUACCGUCUGUACAGCCAGUGGAAGAACGAGGCAUACGUGAGUCACCCGUUGCUCAUUCGGGUGAAGGCGGACUCACUCAAGAGGAUCAAGUACAUCAUGAAGAGACUCAGCAAGGAGAAUGUGAAGCCUUCGGGGCGACAGAUUGGCAAGCUCAGCCACAGCAACCCUUGCUUUCUCUUUGACUAUAUCCUGUCCCAGAUCCAGACCUGGGACAACCUGAUUGUGCCCGUGGUGGACUCCCUCAAGUACCUCACCAUGCUGUCCUACGACGUUCUCGCCUACUGCGUGGCGGAGGCGCUCUGCAAUCCGGAGAAGGACCGCAUGAAGCACGACGGCACCAGCAUCUCCCUCUGGCUGCAGAGUCUGGCCAGUUUCUGUGGCGCCGUCUUCAAGAAGUACUCCAUCGACCUGACGGGUCUGCUGCAACUCGUCGCAAAUCAGCUGAAGGCAGAAAAAAGCCUUGACCUGCUGGUGCUGAAGGACAUCGUACAGAAGAUGACCGGCAUCGAGUCGACGGAACAGGCAACGCAGGACCAACUGGAGGCGAUGUGCGGUGGCGAACUGCUCAAGGCCGAGGGCGGCUACUUCCACCAGCUGCGCAACACCAAGAAGUCGUCCCAGCGGCUGAAGGAGGCCCUGCUGGAGCAGGACCUGGCCCUGCCGCUCUGCCUGCUCAUGGCCCAGCAGAAGAACUGCAUCCUCUACCGGGACCAGGAGGCCUCCCACCUCAAGCUGGUUGGAAAGCUCUACGACCAGUGCCAGGACACCCUGGUCCAGUUUGGCAGCUUCCUGUCGAGCAGCCUGAGCACCGAAGAGUACGCCGGCCGCCUGCCGCCCGUGGACCAGCUGCUCUCGCGGUUCCACGUGCAGGCCGACGUGGCCUUCUUUUUGGCCAGGCCCAUGUUCGGACAUUCCAUCGCGCUCAAGUUCGACGACGCCAAGAGGAGGGACAAGACGUUCAAAAGUCUAACCGCCGCGCAGAAGUUGCAGCGCUACGUCGACGCGGUGGACCAGGUGAUGUCGCGGGUCGUCGAGAGCGUGCGGCCGCUGCACCCGUCCAAGACGUGGGAGGACCUCAGCCCGCAGUUCUACGUCACCUUCUGGUCGCUCUCGAUGUACGACCUCCACGUGCCCACAUCCAGCUACGAGAGGGAGGUGGGCAAGUUGAAGCAGCAGGUGGUGCAGGCAGAGGACAGCAAGGACAUGGUGCCCAGCAAGCGCAAGAAGGAGCGCGACCGGUGCGAAGCACUCAUGGAGAAGCUGCAGGAGGAGGAGCGGAAGCAGCAGGACCACUGCGGGCGCGUCCUGGCACGGCUGCGCAGCGAGAAGGACGCCUGGUUCCACUCCCGUUCGGCCAAGAACGAGACCAUCACGCAGUUCCUGCAGCUGUGCGUGUUCCCACGCUGCACGUUCACGGCCCUGGACGCCCUCUACUGUGCCAAGUUUGUGCACCUGAUCCACAUUCUGAAGACGCCAAACUUCUCCACCCUCAUCUGCUACGACAAGAUCUUUUGCGACAUCACUUACACGGUGACGGCAUGCACGGAGAACGAAGCGAACCGCUACGGGCGCUUCCUCUGCUCCAUGCUGGAGACGGUGAUGCGGUGGCACAGCGACAAGGCCAUCUUUGACAAGGAGUGUGCCAACUUCCCCGGCUUCAUGACCAAGUUCCGGGGCGCCAGCCAGUCGUCGGACAUUGCCACGGACCACGUGGACUACGAGAACUACCGGCACGUCUGUCACAAGUGGCACUUCAAGAUCACUAAGGCCCUGGUCAUCUGUCUGGAGUCUGGGGACUACGUCCAGAUCCGGAACAGCCUGAUUGUGCUCACCAAGGUGCUGCCCCACUUCCCGGUCAUGACCAACUUGGGCCAGGCGCUGGAGCGGCGCAUCGAGAAGAUCCGCCAGGAGGAGAAGGAGAAGAGGCCGGACCUCUUCGCUCUUGCCACCGGCUACGCCGGCCAGCUGAAGGGCAAGAAAUCCGAGCUGAUUCCAGAGCACGAGUUCCACCUCAAGGACAGCAAAGAUGUGAGUGGUGCCGCGGCACCAAAGAGAAUGGCGGCGGCGCCGGGUGUCGUUCACCACAACGUCUGCUCGCAACAGGGCCGCGCGGUGAGCGCCACCGCACAGGCGAAGAACGCCGCAGAUCACACGGUGACGACGGCGGCACGUGCUGCCACCUCUUCCCAAGUGGCGAGUGUCGAUGGUGCCAAGGAGAAGCGGGGAGACUCCGUGAGGGAGUCCAACUCGUCACCAGCACUGUCCGGCAAUUCUUCCGGGAAGCUGUCGAGCAGCGGCGGAGGUCUCGUCCAGUCUUCCUCUUCGUCGUCGUCGUCCAAGAUGACAUCGUCCAGUAGUUCGUCCGCCACCCGCAGGGAGUCCAGCAGGUCGCUGAGCAAGGAGUCCGGGAGCGGGGACGGACACGACAAGGGCGCCGCCACCGACCGCAAAGGCAGCUCGCUGUCCUCCCUCCACGAGCAGGACGUCAGGCCCUCCAAGGAAGACGUCCACAAAAAUGACCACUGGCUGGAGCCCGGGGACGCGCCCGGAGACCACAAGCGCCGGCGCGUGGACGGGGGCAGCAGCAGCGGCGGCAGCAGCAGUGGCAAGGUGGGAGGCAGUCCCCGGGGCCGUAGCCUCGGGGGCACGCAGAGCCCCAAGGUCUCGGAACCCGAGGGGAAGUCUGAGGACCGCGGGGGAGGGGGGGACCGCCCUUCUGAGAAGUGGGCUCACCCCAAGGACUCCCACGACCCGGCCACGGGGGACAAGGGCAAGGCCAAGAAGGGCAGCCGCAAGCGGGACCACUCCGACGAGCCCCCGCUCGAGGGCAAGCGCAAGAAGGACGAGGACGCCUUGAAGAGCUCGAGCAAGCGCAACGGGGAGGACUCUAAGGAGAAGGAGCGGUACCGGAGGGUGAGAGAGCAGCAGCCCCUGCUGCUGGGGCUCCCUCGUGACCAGCUGGUCGCACUCUCUCCUCAGGAAGAGGACAAGCUGCGAGAGUCCCCCAAGCUGCGAGAGCGCAGGGCCGACCGGGACGACAAGAAGCAUCAUCGAUCGAGCAGCAGCAGUGGCAGCUCGACGUCAACGAAAAAGCGAUCAUCCUUCUGAAGAACAGCAACCCUGAAACAAGCGUCGACCCCCCCUUCCCCCUCCCCUCAGAGCGGCUAAGGCUGCCGUCUUUCAUCAUUUUCCAUUCUCUCCAAGAGUGCCUGUAUAAAAAGGAAGAAAAAAAAGACACGGAGACAGAGAUUUCCAUCACGAUAAAGAACAUCAUUUCAAAUAGUUACAUCCAUCGGCACUUUUUCUUUUUUUUUCUUUACGCACGCACGAUUGCCGUGGUCGAUUUCUCCUUUGUACAAUAAAUAUGUUUAAUUUUAAGCGUAAA